AGCUGCUACACACUGAAGUCAACCUCAACCUACCCACCCAUAUACCACAACCAACAACAUAUCAUCACCUCUGACCUCCACUGAGCUUGUCCAAGUGCCCCCGACCAUCUACCUCAACCAACAACAUAUCAUCACCUCUGACCUCCACUGAGCUUGUCCAAGUGCCCCCGGCCAUCUACCUCCCCACAGCCGCCCCCUCAAUGCCUGAGCCCAACACCUUCACCUUCCCCCCCUCCCCUCUCCUCCUCCUCACCCCCGACCCUUUCUUCAAUGGAUCCUACCAAAACUGGACCAACCCUGGCGGCGGAGGCGUGGGGGGUUUCCAACUCACUAUAGCAGGGGUCCUUAUCCCUCUCAUCUAUGUGGCAGUGUGUGUGAUCGGCCUGGUGGGCAACACAUUGGUCAUCUACAUUGUUUUACACUAUGUGAGGACGGAGUCGGUCACUAACAUCUAUAUACUCAACCUGGCCAUCGCUGAUGAGCUAUUCAUGCUAGGCCUCCCCUUCUUGGCGGCCCAGAACGCUCUGCUCUCCUGGCCGUUUGGUUCUCUCAUGUGCCGUGUGGUCAUGACUGUGGACGCCAUCAACCAGUUCACCGCCAUCUUCUGUCUCACGGUCAUGUCCAUUGACCGCUACCUUGCAGUGGUCCAUCCCAUACGGUCGUCGUGGUGGAGGCGACCGCACGUGGCCAAGGUGGUGAACGCGACGGUGUGGGCGGUGUCGUUUGUGGUGGUGCUGCCCGUGGUGGUGUUCGCGGACGUACUGGAGGAUGAUGGGAACUGUAGUAUAGUGUGGCCUGAGCCAGCCGAGGUCUGGAAGGCGUCGUUCAUCGUGUACACGUGCGCCGUCGGGUUCUUCGGACCGCUACUCGUCAUCUGUCUCUGCUACCUGCUCAUUGUGAUCAAGGUGCGCAACGCAGGGAAACGGGCCCGGUCCACCUCCUCCCGACGCAGGAAGUCCGAACGCAAGAUCACUCGCAUGGUGGUUGUCGUGGUAGCAGUGUUCGUGUUGUGCUGGCUCCCAUUCUACGUCCUCAACAUCGUUAACCUGCUAAUCCUGUUACCGGGCGAAUUCCGGGGGCUGUACUACUUUGUGGUGGUCCUAUCGUACGCUAAUAGCUGUGCUAACCCAAUAAUUUACGGAUUCCUGUCCGAUAAUUUUAAGAGAGGGUUCCGGAAGGCUCUUUGUCGUUCUUCGAGGAGGGUGGAGAACCACGAGAGGGCGGCAGCCACCGAGCUGCAGCGCCCUGCAGAGCUCUGGAGGGGAAUUACGCAUGAGCCGCGAGAUGGCCUGGGGGUCACCAAGUCUCAUGAAGGAGGGGAGGAAGAAGAGGAGGACGAUGAGGUAGAGGAGGACGGGAUAGAGAUGGAGAGAAGAGAAGACGCCACUCAGAUGAGAGAGAACUGCAGGAUUGCACAGAACGGGAACGGAGGAGGACAAGUUGAGAGCUCCAGGAUCUUGUUCACACCGGGGGGAAAGGUGGAGACAAUACCCCUGGGGCAGAGGGCUAAAGCUGGGGAGGUGGCUGGGAAAGGCCACGGCUUAGAAUUGGGGCCUACUGUCGCUGUCUCCACUCUUGCCAAUGGAUCAAAGAGUGAAAGUAACAGGUCACCUCCAGAGGAGACAGUGGAGAAGAGCACCAAGCUAGAGAUCAGCUACCUGUAAAUAAGCUUUUUCCCAAUGUCCAUACUAGUAUACCACUGAUACGGACAAGUCUUGCUGAGACUGAGGCUGUCCUAAUAUGGACACUGUACAGUGUAUAGAAUGAGGGUGAAGCUGCCUCUAGAGAUGCUGAUCUUAGGUCAGUUUUGCAUUUUCCCCACUCAUGGUUAAGGAUUGGGGGAGGGGAAGCUGAUCCUAGAUCUGUACCUAGGGGUAACUUUACCCAGGAGCUAGAUUGCAUGUCCGGUACAGUGACUCAUUCUAAGUAGUGAGCUACUGUGUCGAUUGGAACAGAGACAUAUGGAUUGAAUGAAUGUAUUGUAGCGACAUUAACCCAACACUUAGCAACCUUGUUAAGAGGUUUGGAGCUCUUGGGGUAACAAUUAAGGUGUUGGCUUGACAGUCUGGACCUGGGUUCAAACCCCAGUUAGGGCUACCCCCCGAGUUCGCAAAUGAAUCAUUUAAAUGGACUCUUUUGAGUAUCAACUGUGAACUUACAAUGAUACCAACUGCCUUGCCUCAAAUUCCAAGCUUUUUGGCCAAAAAUUGAUGAUCAGUUAUUUUAUUAGACUGAGAAUUUGCAAAUCUUUAGAGAAAACGUUUCAGUAUUAUGCUGAGUGCGCAAUGUAAAUAUGUACAGAAAUGUUUAAGAAUCAUAAUACAGUUUUGAAUAGGCUAUUCAGAUGCACACAAGGAGAAAAACACAAACUAUAUUGUCAGUAUUUAAAUGAUGUAUCUAUGUUACAGUUUCUUAAUGCAGUAUUUUUUCAACAGUAUAAAUGAAACGUUUAUACUUUGGCCUUCAGACAAAGUAUAAAAGUCUCAUGAUACCACUAAAAUCGCAGGGAACGAACUGUUCCCUUUCAUCCAAGAACAGCAUCAUUUAACAGUUCUUCUAAAUGUCAUAGAAGCUAUUUCAAUGAGUUCAUACUGCCUCUGUCUGAGGCUUUACAAUACAAGUGCUAAUUAGUGUCCUUGCGUUGAAAGCGAAAGCAAACAGACAUCUAGCUCCAUUCUAUUGCUAUCUCACCGCGUUCCUGGUGGAAUCAUUAAAGUGAAUAACGUCACCUAAACGCACCUGCACGAUUAACACUCAUACAUAUUCAUGAUGACAGGAGUCGAGUCGAUUAAAUUAUGGCGGAUGGUAUAUCAAAGAGCUGUGCGCACUCUGAUAUCGACCUUCGGUUCAUUUGAUUGGCAUCCAGCUGAAUAUCGUCUGAGCUACGUUGUGGUGGACAUUGUUGUCGAAUGCUAUUUUGUUUGGGGGGAAUGUUAGUGAUUUUACCUUUCAGACAGAUGCUGUUUAUGUGAGUGAAGCAGCUGAACCAUUAGAAAGCGGUUGGCCCUGGGAACUAAUGAUAGAUAUUUGCAGAGACAUAUUUGUAGAUAUUUAGAUUGAGAUAAUAUGUUUAUGGGUAGUUGCAUAGGAACAAAGCUGUUUUUCUACGGAGCAGAGCUACACAGUAUUUAUUUGUAUGUACUGUAUGUUGGCAGUACAUAGUGCCAUAUUCAAUAAGAUAAUUGAUCAAAUGUGGCCUUUAAGUUCACUUUGUAUCUGAACAUAAUUGUUUUGUAGCUGUAGCCUGGAUGUUUUGUCAUGUUGUUUUCCGAGCCUCAAUUCGUCAGGGCAUGGACUCUACAAGGUGUCAAAACGUUCCACAGGGAUGCUGGCCCAUGUUGACUCCAAUGCUUCCCACAGUUGUGUCAAGUUGGCUGGAUGUCCUUUGGGUGGUGGACCAUUCCUGAUACACAGGAAACUGUUAAGCUUGAAAAACCCAGCAGUGUUGCAGUUCUUCACACACUGGAACCGGAGCACCUGACACCUAGUACCAUACCCCGUUCAAAGGCACUCCUGUCUUUUGUCUUGCCCAUUCAUCCUCUGAAUGGCACACGUACACAAUCCAUGUCUCAAUUGUCUCAAGGCUUGAAAAUCCUUCUUUAACUGUCUCCUCCCCUUCAUCUACACUGACAAGUGACAUCAAUAAGGGAUCAUAGCUUUCACCCAGUGGAGGCUGCUGAGGGGAGGACGGCUCAUAAUAAUGGCUGUAAUGGAGCGAAUAGAACGCUAUCAAACACAUGGAAACCAUGUUUGAUGUAUUUGAUACCAUUCCACUCCAGCCGUUAGCAUGAGUCCGUUCUCCCCAAUUAAGAUGCCACCAACCUCCUGUGCUUUCACCUGGAUUAUGGCAUGGAAAGAGCAGGUGUUCCUAAUGUUUUGUACACACAGUUUAUGUCUACACGGCUAGAAGUUAACAAGUUAGAAGAUAAGUUAUUGGGAAAAGUGCUCGUCAUACUUUAAAUGAAUGAUCAAGUAAUUUGUUGACAAGUUGAAUCAGGUGUGCUAGCUCUGGAAUAUCUCAAAUACAUGGAACGUCUGGAAUUCUCCGAGGUUUGAGAACCACUGCAUUAGAAGAGAUGUAUGGAGAGAUGUUUGGAAAAGUCACACACCUUAAAUGAAUGAUCAAUACCUUUCUAACGAUCUUAUGUCUAAGCUUAUGUCUCACCCGCUGUGGUGCUUUGGUAGCCUGAUUACUAGUCUGUUUGUGCAUUCAUACCACACAUGUUGACAACCACAAGGAGUUGACUGCACUAACAGAUCUGGGACCAGGCCGGUGCUUUGGUCCCCCAGAGUGUGUGGAUGGAACCCAGCUCUGAUGAACAUCUCAACUGUUUCAGAUGGUGUGUACAUGGUAGCCUUAGUGCCAGUCUGUUUGUUCCAACAUGCCAACUCCCUGUCACUCAUUGUCAUGCCAAACAUGUUAGGGUUGACAAUAACAGCAAUGGAGUUGGCAAGAGCACAGACUGAUCUGGGAACAGGCUAUGUACAUGGUAUUUCUAUGUUUAGAUAGUGUCUGUGUACUGUGUAUGCUGAUGACUACAAAGCCUCAAAUUGAAUGUGAAGUUUGAAGAAAAAAAUAAAUG